GCGCCGGAUCGCCGCCGUCACUCACCGUGUUCCCAACGGUCAGUACGGAUUCCGAGUUUAAAGUGAUUGAUACUCAGACAUAACUCAAUAUUGUCCGACAAUAGAUACUACUGAAGUCUAGAGAAUUUUGGCAAAAUAAAAAGAAAACGUGUCCACUGUAACAAUGUGGCAUCGGCUUUUAGCCACGUUAACUGUCUUGCUAUUGGAUCCUGUUCGAACUGAUUCUGGUAUAUCGACUACGGGAUUCAGCAAUGAACUUCGAACCGGUUUCGCCAGACUCUUCCACAAUGGCAUCGAGCAACCUCAACAGAACCCUUUCAUUAUCCUGAACCCUGAGCUUUCGAGCAAUCUAAUCGGUCAGCCGCGACCAGCGCCAAACGUCCCAGCGAGCCCCGCCGGUUAUUUUGGACCAGCCCCGCGACCUAGGUACGAGUUGCAGUAUCAGUCAUGGGUGAUUCCUUAUUACUUUAUACCCAAUAGGUUUCAUUCGCCAAGACCGAGGAGACCUAACGACGUGCUAGUGAUCGUUAUGAAAUCUUCUCCGGCUAACUGCACGGCUACGAACGGAACGUCCACUGAAAAUGAUCCCGAAGGUGGCGGCGACGACGACGACGAAGAAGCCGGAAACCCAGACGACGAUGCGGAAGAAGUGGAAGUGAUCGCUGGCGGCGCAAACAACGGUAAGGAACCAUCGCGGUGCGUUUGGGCGAUUUUGUCGUGCUGUGUGCCUGCCAAUAUGCCGGUGAAGUUCACUUGCUUCGACGUGUUGGGCUGCAGUAGCGCCUUCUGGGACACCAACCCUUGCGUGCCGGCUAUCAUCAAAGUGGCGAUGGACGAAGCGACCAAAUACUACGGACCUAUCACGUCAACCAACCGCACCACGGCAGCAUCGCCCUCGCCACCGGCCGACGCACCCGCGGCAUCUGACAACAUGCCAGUGGACUUGACGUCACCCGAAGGCACGGCUUCCGUCACCACCAGCACGACACCCGCGGCCGCUUAACUCCUUGGCCAUUCCUCUGGAACAAGGCUAACGAAGAACGAAGAAGAAAAAUUCUACCAAGGAUUGUCUAGCUAGAACCAUCUUUUCGCGAAUUUGUUUUUUAUUAACCUCGUAAGUUUAUAAAUAAAACGUAUAUAUUCUUUUUAUCUAUUAAAAAAAAAAAAAAAUUAUAAAUCUUAUUACUACAGUAAUGUGUCCGGAUGACUUCUCCAAAAAUGUUGAAAAUGAAAAGCGUAACGUAUUUUACUAAUGAGUAACGAUAUAUUCGAAUUUACCGAUAUCUAACUUAUCUUAAACAUUACUAGGUAAUUUAGAUGUAGAUUGUAGAAAAUACCAUAUAAAAAAAUCUUGCAAUU